CAAUGAUGAGGCUCUCAGAACCAAUGCUAGACAUGGAAAUGGCAAACUACAGUGAAGUUUUAGAUCCAACGUAUACAGCGCUGGAGUUCGAAACGAUGCAGAUUCUAUAUAAUGGCAAUGACAGUUCAGGAGAAGCUGUCAACAUGAAUGCUGGUGACAAUGGGGUCAGCAGCCUCUGUGCAAUAUGUGGAGACCGAGCAACUGGAAAACACUAUGGUGCGUCCAGCUGUGAUGGAUGCAAGGGAUUCUUUAGACGCAGUAUACGGAAAAACCACGUCUAUACAUGCAGAUUCAACCGGCAAUGUAUUGUUGACAAAGACAAAAGGAAUCAAUGCAGAUAUUGUCGUUUAAAAAAGUGUUUUCGAGCCGGAAUGAAAAAAGAAGCUGUACAAAAUGAACGGGACAGGAUAAGUACGAGAAGAAACACUUUUGAUGGCUGCAACAUUCCCUCUAUUAGCACAUUGUCACAAGCUGAGACACUCUCCCGUCAGAUCUCAGUCACCAGUCCUGGUGCUAGCACUGACAUAAAUGUUAAGAAGAUUGCUAGUAUUAGCGAUGUCUGUGAAUCUAUGAAACAACAACUUUUGGUCCUGGUGGAAUGGGCUAAAUACAUUCCAGGCUUCUGUGAAUUACCACUGGAUGACCAGGUUGCCCUGCUAAGAGCACAUGCUGGGGAACACCUGUUGCUUGGAGCAGCAAAACGGUCCAUGGUGUAUAAGGACAUUUUGCUUUUAGGCAACAAUUACAUAAUCCAUCGCAACAGCACUGAGGUAGAGAUCAGCCGAGUGGCAAAUCGGAUUCUAGAUGAACUAGUUCGACCCUUCCAGGAAAUUCAAAUAGAUGACAAUGAGUACGCUUGCUUGAAGGCAAUUGUGUUUUUUGAUCCAGAUGCAAAGGGACUGAGUAAUCCAAUGAAGAUUAAGAACAUGCGGUUCCAAGUUCAGAUCAGUUUAGAAGAUUAUAUUAACGACCGUCAGUACGACUCCCGAGGAAGAUUUGGAGAACUUCUGCUUCUACUGCCUACACUCCAGAGCAUCACUUGGCAAAUGAUUGAGCAAAUACAAUUGGUUAAACUGUUUGGAAUUGUUAAAAUUGACAGUUUGCUUCAGGAAAUGUUAUUGGGAGGUACUUCUAAUGAUGCCAGUCAUAUGCAUCAUCCAGUACAUCCUCACUUAGCCCAAGAUCCAUUAACUGGCCAAACUAUCCUCAUAAGUUCAAUGUCUGCUCCUGUACAUACAGAACAGAUUUCAACUCCAGAAACUCCAUUACCUUCACCUCCUCAAGGCUCUGGACAAGAAUACAAAAUGUCUACAAAUCAGGCUUCAGUCAUUGCACAGCAAUCUAUUUUGAAACCAAAACCAUUGUGA